AUGAAAUCAACCGUAGCUCUAGUGGGGCUUUUCUGUCUUGCAGUACUGGCAACGACUAUUGAUGCACGAAAAGAACCAGGAGAGUACUGGCAAGGGGUUAUGAAAGAUCAGCCCAUGCCCGAGGCAAUUCAAGGUGUUCUCGAUACAAAUUCUGUUGAAUAUGUUCCGAGUAUAAAGAGUGAUUGCCACACCUCAACUGAGGCAAGUAAACAAGACAAGCCCUUUGUUCAAGACUUUGAACCUAGACCUAGUACCACAACCCAUCGUGAUGAUAAGUUAAAAAAUGAGAUAUCUUUUGCGAAAGACUUUGAACCAAGACCAAGUACCACAGCCUAUCGUGAUAAUAAGCACAAAAGUGAAAGAUCUUUCACGAAAGACUUUGAACCAAGACCAAGUACCACAGCCUAUCUCGAUGAUAAACUUAAAAAUAAAAGAUCUUUUGCAACAAAAUUUGAGCCAAGACCUAGUGCCAUAGCCUAUCACGAUGAUAAGCUAAAAAAUGAGAAAUAUUUUACAAAAGACUUUGAGCCAAGGCCUAAUGUCUCGUCUUACAAUAAUGAUGCUAAACCAAAGGACGAGAAAUCUUUUGUGAAAGACUUCGAACCAAGGCCUAAUGUCUCAGCUUACACCGAUGACGUUGGAUUGAAGGGAGAGAAGAAGACAUUUGAGAAAGAUUUCGAGCCCCGACCAAAUGUUUCAGUUUAUCAGCAAUGA